CGAAACACUGUGUUUCCCAGUGGCAGCAUACAGCGGUCAUCCUUGUACUCAGUAUCCCACAGAGCCCAGGACAGUGGAUAGUCUGCACUGGUGCGUAGUCUGCUCCAGUGUGUAGCCCGAUCCAGUGUGUAGUCCGCUCCAGUGUGUAGCCCUAUCCAGUGCGUAGCCCGCUCCACGUGACCGGUCCUUUCACAGGUGGGGUGGGUCAGCGAUGGAGACGGACGACAAAUGGGCGAAGCCCGGCUGGAGGAUCGAGCAGAAGUACGGCAACAAAGUGCUGAUCGGAAACUGGGCAGAGGAGAGGCUACAGUUCACCCGAGAUUGCCGCGUGCCGACCAGCACGCACUGCGCAGACUACCGUCCGCAGUGGGACCACAGGCCCGACAUCUUCCUGAGGAGAGAAGCACUGCGCAGAGCUGAGGGCCUGCCUGCAAAACUUCUUCUCGACCACCACAACAUACCUCAUUCUCACUACCUGGUCUCUCACUACGAUGAGACUUACUGUCGACAGACUUCCUCUGCUCUGCCGACCCGGCGCUCCUGGCACCGUGACAAGCUGGCCUGGGUUCCAGAAAGAUCUGACCAUCCAGUUAAAGUUCCGCCGACUAACUUUGGCCUGGCGGAGUCACGGUGGGUUCACUCUGCGAAGCGGGCGGAGACUGCCGGUCACAUGGUCAGCGUGUACCGGUCCAUGUACCCCCGGUACCCAGACUCGGCCUUCAGCCCGCCCCGCAGCGCCCGCACCCCCCGCACGCUGUCCAGCCACCUGCACCCUACCAACAGAACCAACAAGGACCUGGGGCUGAAACGCAGGCCGCUGCUGCAGGUCCCCGACCACCCGGCCCGCCUCCUCCCUCCCGUCUGGGCCCCGCCGACGCGCGGAGCCCUUCCCGCUGACUCCGCGCGGUCUGCGCAGCUCCAGUGAGCCUCCACUGGGAACGCUUCCGCCUGGGGAUCGUUUAACUCAUUAGUUUAAUUCACUUAACGCUGAAGCACUGAAAAGCCAAUGAGACUGCAAAAAUACAUGUAUGCAUUAUGUAGGGCGCAUGGUGGUGCAGAGGGUAGCGCAGCAAGAUGGUCCUGGGUCCCAGUCCUGGCCCGGGGCCCUUCUGUGUGGAGUUUGCAUGUUCUCCCUGUGCCCGCAUGGGUUUCCUUCAGGCACUCUGGUUUCCUCCCACAGUCCAAAGACAUGCAGGUUAGGUUAAUUGGAGAGUCUAAAUUGCCCCAACGUAUUAGUGUGCGGGUGAAUGGUGUGUGGGCCCUGUGAUGGACUGCCAAAAUUGCCCAAUGCGUGCUGGGCAAGGCUCCAGCACCUCCAGCAACCCUGACCAGGAAUAAGCACACAUGGAUAAUGAAUGGAUGGAUGUAUUAUGUAUUCAGCAGUAUUCAUCCUUCAGUGCCUGGCUGAGAUGCACUUACAUACCAUACUUUACAUUCUUUACUUAAUAACAUGAUUGAUUGGUUGGUUUUGACCAUUUUCUAUGUCUGUCUUCCUAUGGUAUCACAAGAAGUAGGAGGGGAAUUUUACCCCGCUGGUUGAAUAACAGCCAAAUGACACUGUGUUUGCAGAGUAGCGCAGCUGACGUAGCAGCAGAGCAACAUGUAAGUGAAGACCUCCAGGAUGUCAACAGUGACCCGUGCGCACACACUUGGCUGGAACUGGAGCUGUUUAAGCACAAUUCUCAGCGGGUCUGUUUGACUCUGUCUCCAUUAGGUGUUUAAUUGCAGGGAAUCAAAGUGUUUAAUUACAGAGAAUCAAAGAUCCUUCUGUCUGACGGUCACCCAUCUGCACCGCUCGUCUCCUGCGGUCUCCCAUGCCCCGUCUGUCUCUCUCAUAGCCGUUUUCAACAAUUAAAUUGUUCCUCGAUGUAAAAAACAAAAGACUGCACUCCUAGAACCACAAGGUGGCACUAUGUCCAUGAUGCUGGUAUAUUCAAACUAGGAUUUCUUUUUUUUUGGUUCACUCCGUGUAUUUCAUUCCCCGAUUGAAAAACAGGAAAAUUUCUAAUUAAAAGGAGACAAAUCACCAAACUUUCCUUCCAUGCAUCUACAUCAAAUUAAUUCAGAGUAAACUUUAACAUGUAUUUCUGUGUACACUACAUUUUACUAGGUAGACAAAAUUAGCCAAAAGUGUAAGACAAACAGUUAAAACAGAGGAUUCUAAAUAUUUUAUAUUGCAUCAACAAAAACAUUGUGUACCUAAUAGUGUAAGGAUUCAUGUCACCAUUGUAUAUUGUAAAUAUAUUAAUAUAUACACACUAUACAGGUGCCAGGUCAAUAUUGCAUUUAAGUUUAUAUGACAACAUGUGUUGUCUUAGAUUUCUUAUAGGAACUGAAUGUAGGUGCAGAUUAUUAUUCAGUUCUGUCUGAACUGGCGCAAAUAUCUGCCAUGAAAAUUAAAAGUGGUUAUUUCCAAGCAGAAAAAUUCCUCCCCAUUUAUUAAAAAUGUCACAGAAUAGACUUGAAUUUAGUUUUAAACCAUAAUCAUGCACAAAACAAACCAGCAAAUACUGUAUAAUGUCUACUUAUGAACACAUAAUCAUGAUUAAAGGAUUGGUUUACAAGUUAA